AGUCUUUGGAUUCCUUUGAAAAUUAAGAGGCUGCUCAAAAAAAAAAAAAAAAAGAAAAAAAAGAAAAAAAAGAAAAAAGAAAACUUUGAUCCUCUUCAUGAUCAUGAUCUCUAUUUUACGAGUGUUGGUUUUAAUUUUUUUUGACUUUUGUGUUGAUUUCUUUCUCAAUAAGAGAAGGAAGGGUCUUGCCUAUUUGAAACAUAAGUAAAUUAAAUCUCUCUCCCUUUUCUUAGCUCAAGGUUUUGAGGUUCAAAACUUCUCAAAAUCGUUUUCUUUUUUAAUUUUAUUUUUUGGUUCUAAAUUUUGAGAUCGAGAGAAAUAUGGGUAGAACUCCAUGUUGUGAUAAAGCAAAUGUGAAGAAAGGGCCAUGGUCUCCUGAAGAAGAUGCAAAGCUUAAAGAUUACAUUGAAAAACAUGGAACUGGAGGCAACUGGAUUUCUCUCCCACAAAAGGCUGGUUUGAAGAGAUGUGGGAAAAGUUGUAGAUUGAGAUGGUUAAAUUAUUUGAGACCUGAUAUCAAACAUGGUGAUUUUUCUGAGGAAGAAGAUAGAAUAAUUUGCAAUCUCUAUACUACCAUUGGAAGCAGGUGGUCAGUAAUUGCAGCACAAUUACCAGGAAGAACAGACAACGAUAUAAAAAACUACUGGAACACGAAAUUGAAGAAAAAACUAAGUAGUCCUCAAGGGACAAUGGUGCCCCAAUAUAUUCAACCUUCAACAAAUUCAUCUUCAUCUUCUUCUUCACCAUCUUCAUACUCAAAUAAUGGGCCCUUGAUUUCCACCUUUUUAGAACCCAUCUCAUUCUCAUCCAAUCUUCUUCUAAACCCCACCACCAAUAAUAACAAUAGUGCCACUCCAAUAUUCCAUUAUCAACUCUCUCAAGAUCAAAGCUUUAUGAUGAGUCCAAUGGUAGGAGCUGAAAAUAGUAAUUUUCAUGUGAAAUUAGAUGAUCAUAGGUUGCUUGUGUUUGGAGGGGAUCAAGGGAGUAGUAGCUCAUCGGACGUCGAGUACGGGGGCGCCGGAGUCGAGGAGAAGAGGAGAUCAUCAUCUUCAUCUUCAUCAAUGAGUUUUGUAGAGUGCUCUAGAGUUGUGAAUGGAUGGAAUAAUGAGAGGCAAUUAGAAGAUCAAGGGAUGUGGAAUAAUAAUAUGGAAAAUAAUUAUAGUCCAUUUAUGGAUUAUGGGCUUGAGGAAAUUAAGCAGCUGAUUAGUUCUAAUAACUGCACCACCAAUGUUCUUUUUUGAUGAAACUACCACAUUGAUGAUCAAACUUUUGGAUGCUCUGUGUGUGUGUGUGUUUUUUUAUUGUAAAUGAUACUCUUCUUUUUUUUCUUUUUUUUUUUUUCUUUUUUUUUUUUUGUAUUUUCUUUUAGGGAAAUGGUGUAUAUAUAUGUUGGAAGUACAGUUUAUAUAUAAUCAUGAUCAGCACUGAUUUUCUUUUUUGUUUUUUAUGCUAGGUUUUCAAUUUGAUUCAUGAGUUAAUUGAUUUUUAGUU